UCAAGCCACGAACGUCCGACGCGUGGGACGGCACGGCCAUCCUCUCUGGGCCCUGAGCCCUCGAAGAACACUGUCAGCCAUGACCAAAUUGUACCUUGACCCUGCCUGCGAUUCCAAGAUGAAGGAGAUGACCACACUGAGCAACCCAGAUGUGCGCCACCACUUUGACCUCCACCAUCAUCACCAUCACCAUCAUCACCAUCAUCAUUGCCACCAUCACCAUCAUCAUUGAGUGCCAAGAGAAGACAUGGUCAAAAAGUCAAUGAAAGAACGCAGCUAUGAAGCACAAGUUUGGCGCUUGCUGCAGAAGGCUGGCGCCGACGAGCGGCGUCAGCUUCUGGACGGCGCCUCACUCCACAGCAACGUCUGGCGCUGGAGCGCUAUGCCUUGCGCCACCGCGCCCGGGCGCAGCCGCCGACGGCGGUUGCGGUGCCCAACCUGGCGGAGAAGAUGCCAGUGCCAGUGGCACGUGCACAACCUUCGGCAGGACGGGUGUCCAUGGGGUGUGCAGCCACAAAAGCUGUGGACACAUCCGCUAUGACGCGCGUGUCUCAUGCUUCCCCUUCAGGCUCGUGACGCGGAUGUCCAGCGACCUCGGCUGGGUCUUGGCUCGUUUGGAGCUGCUUCAGGCCGUCCAGCGCCGCUUCCGCGCCGCCGUGGCGCGCGAAGCGCAAGGCUCAGCGGGCUCGGGCUCGCAGCACCACGGGUGCUGGCAUUCGGGCGCAGGCAGUGAGGCUGUGCGGCAAAAGAGGUGGCAGUGCUUUCAAGAGGCCUUGCAAUCGGAACUGGACCUCGAAACGGACGCUCCGCUCGGAGGGCCUAUGUGCCCACGCACUUCUUGCUGGGCCGCCGGCUCCCCACGCCGCUCUUCCCCGUGACCUCGACCGGACUCCAGCAAGGGCGUUGGGCCUGGGAGCAGCUGUACCGCGCGCGGCGCCCGACGUCCGAGCGCCCGGAGCGCGCGCCGGGCGGGCCGACGUGGCAGGAGUCCUGGGCUGAGCUGCGAGAUGCCUAUGGUUCCGUGUGGAGGGCGGUAGGGCAGAGCCAGAAGAGGUUAGUCUCCCAGCUGUCAGCCCUGGAGCGAAGCUUCGCUGGUCGCGCCCAGAAACGGGCGCGCUGCGGUCGCACCAAGCAGGUCAAGGAUCCCAGUUUGCAGAUGGCCAAGAUUUUGCAGCGCUGGAGUCAGAGGUCAUGCCAUCCACGCGUGCGGAAAAGCCCGCGCAGACGGCACGCUGUGGCAAGUCCACGUGCCACGCAGCUCCGGCCGUGACGUGCAUCGCGGCGCUGAGCGAGUGUGAGCGAACGAGCGAGCGGGCUCAGUGGCAUCGCAUGAGAGGGCACAGCGCAUGAGAUGCGCAGUCUGAGGGGCGUGAGAGGGGUGAAGAGAUGUCUUUCAGAAAGUGAAGCCUUUGGGCUGACGAUCGUGGCUGAACGCCCCUCUCAGAAUCCCCAAUUGGCAAACGUGCGGUGGCUGGGCACGUUUCGUACAGCGAGCCCGCGAGACCCCGUAGCCAUUCAGCUUGCAGUAGCUCUGGACGAAUGACCGCUGCUGUUCAACGGGCAGAACAUCCUGCAACACCUCAGGGCAUAUCAACAUCAACAGCCAAACCCCGUGAG